UAGAUUAGAUUGUUUCCUCCUAUAAAAACCAUAAUAUCCUUCGCCCAAGUCAUCGCUCACACUCUGAAAAUCACCCACAGUUCCCAAUUUUCGAGCAACAAAAGCCCAAAACGGGAAAAGGUUCGUGACUUUAAGCUGAUCAUAAAGGGAAAAAGAAAAUGAAUGUGGAGAUUAUGUCAGGUUCAGAAUUCAACAUCCUUGAAUCUUUUCAAUGCUAUCUCCUUGAUGAUUUUGAGGAAUCUCAAGCAGCAGCAGCAACAACAACUACCAGCAAUCUUGUUGUUCUUGAACCUUCCUACAACCGGAGUUCAAGUUUCAGUGGUGUUUUCUUGAACGAAAGUUGGGGUGAUUUGCCUUUAAAGAUUGACGAUUCCGAGGAUAUGCUGGUUUACAGUGCUCUGCGGGACGCGGCAAACUCUGGGUGGAGUCCCUCGAACGAGGUUGAUAAUUACACGCCGGUGGCAGUUGAAGAAUUAGUGUCGACGACGACCAGGGAAAUAGAGAAAGAAGAAUCUAAGGUGGAGCCUGAGACCAGCGUGCCACCGAGGGGGAUGCAUUUUAAGGGAGUGAGAAGAAGGCCAUGGGGGAAGUACGCGGCGGAGAUUAGGGACCCCAAGAGGAACGGUGCUAGGAUUUGGCUCGGGACGUACGAGACGCCCGAGGAUGCUGCCUUGGCUUACGACAGAGCCGCUUUCAAAAUGCGUGGGGCUAAGGCCAAGCUGAAUUUUCCUCACUUGAUUGGCUCCAACACUUGGGAGCCAAUUAGGGUAGGCGGAAGGCGCCGCUCACCGGAAUCUUCAGCUCCGACGACGGCGUCCUCAUUGAGCGAUUGCUCGCGGAAGAGAAGGAAGAGUAGUGCAAGUAACUCCGAUCAGGUUACAGCCAAGCUGCGGGAAGGUGCAAGUUUAGCUGCGGAGGUGAUUCAAAUGACUACUCCUUGGACGCUUGGCGACCAGUUUUGGAUUAUCUAGCUAAUUAACUUAAUUAAUAAAAUCCAAUCUAUUUUCUUUGGAUUGAAAUAAUAUUAGUUGAGAAAUAUAAACACAAAAAAAAAAAUACUAAUAACAGGUUAAGAUCUGAUUUUUUUCAUGACCAGAAGAGGUCAUUUGGUUCUAUAUAUGUAUUA